CUCUCCGUAGUCGCCGCUUUAAAAAAACCGAGCUCAGUCCGCUCUAAUAUUUUCAGAGCAUUUAAAAAUGUUGUAUUGAUAAGCUCUUAAGGCAGGGAACUCGCCUAACUCGAACAGUAUUAGUAUAAAUUUAGCAAGCAAAUUGUGAACACGAUUCAAAAACAAAUCACAAAUGGGUCUCGUUAAGCUGAUCAUUUGUUUCAGUUUUUUCCUAUUGAUAUUUGAUGUUCCUUGUACCGCGGUGUAUUCGCCAAACUAUCAGGAAUACGACCCCGCCCAGCGAUAUGGCCCCCGGAGGCCCGUGGGUCAGGAACAAAGCCCGUAUGGUCGCGGCUACAUGGAAAAUCGACAGUUGUCGUACAACCGACCAGAAGGCGUUAACUUUGAAGACUCAAGAAUAUUGGAUGAGCAGCCAACGAGUCGCCAGUAUUUGAUUCGAGAACAUGAAACUGUUUCUGACAAGCAGAGGCACAAGUGCCGAUUUUGGGUGCCGCCGGAGGUUGUCGACAAGUAUCCCAACGCCACCAUCACCCAGGUGGACAACAAAAACCGACUGUCGAUGAUAGAGGCCUGCUGUACGGGCUACUCGACUAUUCGGCUCUUGGGGGUGACCGUGUGUCGUCCCAAGUGCGGGUGCCAGAACGGGAGCUGUCGGGCGCCGGGUGAGUGUGAGUGCUACGAGGGCUUCGUCCGGAACGACAACGGGGACUGCGUAUUCGCCUGUCCGUUGGGGUGUCAGAACGGGCGCUGCUACCUCGACGGUAGUUGCCAAUGCGAUCCAGGCUACAAGCUGGAUGAGAGCAGGCGCUUCUGCCGGCCCAUUUGCAGCAAUGGAUGCGGCAGUAGUACAAGACACAACUGCACCGAGCCGGAGGUCUGCGGCUGCUCCAAGGGCUACCAACUAACGGACGACGGGUGCCAGCCCGUCUGCGAUCCCGAAUGUGGAAUCGGAGGCCUCUGCAAGGACAACAACAAGUGCGACUGCGGAUCAGGCUACAAUCUUAAGGAUGGGGUUUGCCAGGCUGAUUGCUAUCAAAGGUGCUACAAUGGAAUAUGUGUCAGCCGCAAUCGGUGCAUCUGCGAUCCCGGCUUCACUUAUCACGAACAAUCGUCCAUGUGUGUUCCCAUCUGAACACUCGACCUUGCACACAUCCUGCAUUCCUUC